GCGCCUGGGCCUGCUGCACGGUCGGCGGGCGCCGCCGCUUUAAGCGGGGGCGGGACUGCGCGCGGCGGAGCGGCGGAGCGGCGGAGCGGCGGCGGCGAGGGCUCGGCUGGGGGUCGCAGGGGUCGCGAGCUGGGCCUGCUGCAGCCGGGCCGCCGAGGUCGGGGCUGGGUGAACUCAUGGACUUGAUACUUUUCUCUUGAGAAGCAAACCAGCCCAAAAGAAAAAUGGCGUUUGUUGCAACACAGGGGGCCACAGUGGUUGACCAAACCACUCUGAUGAAAAAGUACCUUCAGUUUGUGGCAGCUCUCACAGAUGUGAAUACACCUGAUGAAACGAAGUUGAAAAUGAUGCAAGAAGUUAGUGAAAAUUUUGAGAAUGUCACGUCAUCUCCUCAGUAUUCUACAUUCCUGGAACAUAUCAUCCCUCGAUUCCUUACAUUUCUUCAAGAUGGAGAAGUUCAGUUUCUUCAGGAGAAACCAGCGCAGCAACUGCGGAAGCUAGUACUUGAAAUAAUUCAUAGAAUACCAACCAACGAACAUCUUCGUCCUCACACAAAAAAUGUUUUGUCUGUUAUGUUUCGCUUUUUAGAGACGGAAAAUGAAGAAAAUGUUCUUAUUUGUCUAAGAAUAAUUAUUGAGCUACAUAAACAGUUUAGGCCACCGAUCACACAAGAAAUUCAUCAUUUUCUGGAUUUUGUGAAACAGAUUUAUAAGGAGCUUCCAAAAGUAGUGAACCGCUACUUUGAGAACCCUCAAGUGAUCCCCGAGAACACAGUGCCUCCCCCAGAAAUGGUUGGUAUGAUAACAACAAUUGCUGUGAAAGCCAACCCGGAGCGUGAGGACAGCGAGACUCGAACACAUUCCAUCAUUCCAAGGGGAUCACUUUCUCUGAAAGUGUUGGCAGAAUUGCCCAUUAUUGUUGUUUUAAUGUAUCAGCUCUACAAACUGAACAUCCACAAUGUUGUUGCUGAGUUUGUGCCCUUGAUCAUGAACACCAUUGCCAUUCAGGUGUCUGCACAAGCCAGGCAACAUAAGCUUUACAACAAGGAGCUGUAUGCUGACUUCAUUGCUGCUCAGAUUAAAACAUUGUCAUUUUUAGCUUACAUCAUCAGGAUUUACCAGGAGUUGGUGACUAAAUAUUCUCAACAGAUGGUGAAAGGAAUGCUCCAGUUACUUUCAAAUUGUCCAGCAGAGACUGCACACCUCAGAAAGGAGCUUCUGAUUGCUGCCAAACACAUCCUCACCACUGAGCUGAGAAACCUGGAGGUCUCUGCCUGCAGGCCCCUCGCCUACAGCACACUGGCCGACCUCGUGCACCACGUCCGCCAGCACCUGCCCCUCAGCGACCUCUCCCUCGCCGUCCAGCUCUUCGCUAAGAACAUCGAUGAUGAGUCCCUUCCCAGCAGCAUCCAGACCAUGUCCUGUAAGCUCCUGCUGAACCUGGUGGACUGCAUCCGCUCCAAGAGCGAGCAGGAGAGCGGCAACGGGAGAGACGUCCUGAUGCGGAUGCUGGAGGUUUUUGUUCUCAAAUUCCACACUAUUGCUCGGUACCAACUCUCUGCCAUUUUUAAGAAGUGCAAGCCUCAGUCAGAACUUGGAGCUGUGGAAGCAACUCUGCCCGGGGUGCCCACUGCUCCUGCAGCUCCCGGCCCUGCUCCCUCCCCAGCCCCCGUCCCUGCCCCAGCUCCGCCCCCACCGCCACCUCCACCUGCGACCCCCGUGACCCCGGCCCCUGUGCCUCCCUUUGAGAAGCAAGGAGAAAAGGACAAGGAAGACAAGCAGACAUUCCAAGUCACAGACUGUCGAAGUUUGGUCAAAACCUUGGUGUGUGGUGUCAAGACAAUCACGUGGGGCAUAACGUCAUGCAAAGCACCUGGUGAAGCUCAGUUCAUUCCCAAUAAGCAAUUACAACCCAAAGAGACACAAAUUUACAUCAAACUUGUGAAGUAUGCAAUGCAAGCUUUAGAUAUUUAUCAGGUCCAGAUAGCAGGAAAUGGACAAACGUACAUUCGAGUGGCCAACUGCCAGACUGUGAGAAUGAAAGAAGAGAAGGAGGUAUUGGAGCACUUUGCUGGCGUGUUCACAAUGAUGAACCCCUUAACGUUCAAAGAAAUCUUCCAAACUACGGUCCCUUAUAUGGUGGAGAGAAUCUCAAAAAAUUACGCUCUUCAGAUUGUUGCCAAUUCCUUCUUGGCAAAUCCUACUACCUCUGCUUUGUUUGCUACAAUUCUGGUGGAGUAUCUCCUUGAUCGCCUGCCAGAAAUGGGCUCCAAUGUGGAGCUCUCCAACCUGUACCUCAAGCUGUUUAAGCUGGUCUUUGGCUCUGUCUCCCUCUUCGCAGCUGAAAAUGAACAAAUGCUGAAGCCUCACUUGCACAAGAUUGUGAACAGCUCCAUGGAGCUCGCACAGACCGCCAAGGAACCCUACAACUACUUCUUGCUGCUCCGGGCGCUGUUUCGCUCUAUUGGUGGAGGUAGCCACGAUCUCUUGUAUCAGGAGUUCUUGCCUCUCCUUCCAAACCUCCUGCAAGGGCUGAACAUGCUGCAGAGUGGCCUGCACAAGCAGCACAUGAAGGACCUCUUUGUGGAGCUGUGUCUCACCGUCCCCGUGCGGCUGAGCUCGCUCUUGCCGUACCUACCCAUGCUCAUGGAUCCCUUGGUGUCUGCGCUCAACGGGUCUCAGACGUUGGUCAGCCAAGGCCUCAGGACACUGGAGCUGUGUGUGGACAACCUGCAGCCCGACUUCCUCUAUGACCACAUCCAGCCAGUGCGCGCAGAGCUCAUGCAGGCUCUGUGGCGCACCUUACGCAACCCUGCUGACAGCAUCUCCCACGUGGCCUACCGUGUCCUCGGUAAGUUUGGCGGCAGUAACAGGAAGAUGCUGAAGGAGUCGCAGAAGCUGCACUAUGUUGUGACUGAAGUUCAGGGCCCCAGCAUCACUGUGGAGUUUUCCGACUGUAAAGCCUCUCUCCAGCUCCCCAUGGAGAAGGCCAUUGAAACUGCUCUGGACUGCCUGAAAAGUGCCAACACUGAGCCCUACUACCGGAGGCAGGCGUGGGAAGUGAUCAAGUGCUUCCUGGUGGCCAUGAUGAGCCUGGAGGACAACAAACACGCCCUGUACCAGCUCCUGGCACACCCCAACUUUACAGAAAAGACCAUCCCCAACGUCAUCAUCUCACAUCGCUACAAAGCCCAGGACACUCCAGCCCGGAAGACGUUUGAGCAGGCCCUGACAGGCGCCUUCAUGUCCGCCGUCAUUAAGGACCUGCGGCCCAGUGCCCUGCCCUUCGUGGCCAGCUUGAUCCGCCACUAUACGAUGGUGGCAGUUGCCCAGCAGUGCGGUCCUUUCUUGCUGCCUUGCUACCAAGUGGGCAGCCAGCCCAGCACAGCCAUGUUUCACAGUGAAGAAAAUGGCUCUAAAGGAAUGGAUCCUUUGGUUCUCAUUGAUGCAAUAGCUAUUUGUAUGGCAUAUGAAGAAAAGGAGCUUUGCAAAAUUGGGGAGGUGGCCCUAGCUGUGAUAUUUGACGUUGCAAGUAUCAUCCUGGGCUCCAAGGAGAGGGCCUGUCAGCUGCCCCUGUUUUCUUACAUCGUGGAGCGCCUGUGUGCGUGUUGUUAUGAACAGGCGUGGUAUGCAAAGCUCGGGGGCGUGGUGUCCAUUAAGUUUCUCAUGGAGCGGCUGCCUCUCACUUGGGUUCUGCAGAACCAGCAGACCUUCCUCAAGGCACUUCUCUUUGUCAUGAUGGACUUAACUGGAGAGGUUUCCAAUGGGGCAGUUGCCAUGGCAAAGACCACUCUGGAGCAGCUUCUGAUGCGGUGUGCAACGCCUUUAAAAGAUGAGGAGAGAGCUGAAGAGAUCGUGGCCGCCCAGGAAAAGUCUUUCCACCACGUGACACAUGAUUUGGUUCGAGAAGUCACCUCUCCAAACUCCACUGUGAGAAAGCAGGCCAUGCAUUCACUGCAGGUGUUGGCCCAGGUCACUGGGAAGAGUGUGACGGUGAUCAUGGAGCCCCAUAAAGAGGUCCUGCAGGAUAUGGUCCCCCCUAAGAAGCACCUGCUCCGACACCAGCCUGCCAACGCGCAGAUCGGCCUGAUGGAGGGGAACACAUUCUGUACCACGUUGCAGCCCAGGCUCUUCACAAUGGACCUGAACGUGGUGGAGCAUAAGGUGUUCUACACAGAGCUGUUGAAUUUGUGUGAGGCUGAAGAUUCAGCUUUAACAAAGCUGCCCUGCUAUAAAAGCCUUCCAUCGCUCGUACCUUUACGAAUUGCAGCAUUAAAUGCACUUGCUGCCUGCAAUUACCUUCCUCAGUCCAGGGAGAAAAUCAUUGCUGCACUCUUCAAAGCCCUGAAUUCCACCAAUAGUGAGCUCCAGGAGGCUGGAGAAGCCUGUAUGAGAAAGUUUUUAGAAGGUGCUACCAUAGAAGUCGACCAAAUUCACACACAUAUGCGACCUUUGCUGAUGAUGCUGGGGGAUUACCGGAGCUUGACGCUGAAUGUUGUGAAUCGUCUGACUUCGGUCACACGGCUCUUCCCAAAUUCCUUCAAUGAUAAAUUUUGUGAUCAGAUGAUGCAACAUCUGCGCAAGUGGAUGGAAGUGGUGGUCAUCACCCACAAAGGGGGCCAGAGGAGCGACGGAAACGAAAGCAUUUCCGAGUGCGGGAGAUGUCCCUUGUCUCCAUUCUGUCAGUUUGAGCCUGCCAUGGAAGGGGUAGAGGAAAUGAAGAUUUGUUCAGCAAUUAUAAACCUUUUUCAUCUGAUCCCGGCGGCUCCUCAGACUCUGGUGAAGCCUUUGCUAGAGGUUGUCAUGAAAACGGAGCGGGCGAUGCUGAUCGAGGCAGGCAGUCCAUUCCGAGAGCCCCUGAUCAAGUUCCUGACUCGGCACCCCUCGCAGACAGUGGAGCUGUUCAUGAUGGAAGCCACACUGAACGAUCCCCAGUGGAGCAGAAUGUUUAUGAGUUUUUUAAAACACAAAGACGCCAGACCUCUGAGGGAUGUGCUGGCCGCCAACCCCAACAGGUUCAUCACCCUGCUUCUGCCGGGGGGUGCCCAGACGGCCGUGCGCCCCGGCUCACCCAGCACCAGCACCAUGCGCCUGGACCUCCAGUUCCAGGCCAUCAAGAUCAUAAGCAUUAUAGUGAAAAACGAUGACUCCUGGCUGGCCAGCCAGCACUCUCUGGUGAGCCAGUUGCGACGUGUAUGGGUGAGUGAGACCUUCCAGGAGAGGCACCACAAGGAGAACAUGGCAGCCACCAACUGGAAGGAGCCCAAGCUGCUGGCCUACUGCCUGCUGAACUACUGCAAAAGGAAUUAUGGAGAUAUAGAAUUGCUAUUCCAGCUGCUUCGAGCCUUUACUGGUCGUUUUCUCUGCAACAUGACAUUCUUAAAAGAGUAUAUGGAGGAAGAGAUUCCCAAAAAUUACAGCAUCACUCAGAAACGUGCCCUAUUUUUUCGCUUUGUAGACUUAAAUGACCCUAACUUUGGAGAUGAAUUAAAAGCUAAAGUUCUGCAGCAUAUAUUGAAUCCUGCUUUCUUGUACAGCUUUGAGAAGGGGGAAGGAGAGCAGCUAUUGGGACCUCCCAAUCCAGAAGGAGAUAACCCAGAAAGCAUUACCAGUGUGUUUAUUACCAAGGUCCUGGACCCCGAGAAGCAGGCGGACAUGCUGGACUCUCUGCGGAUCUACCUGCUGCAGUAUGCCACGCUGCUGGUGGAGCACGCCCCGCACCACAUCCACGACAAUAACAAGAACCGCAACAGCAAGCUUCGCCGCCUUAUGACCUUCGCCUGGCCCUGCCUACUCUCCAAGGCCUGUGUGGACCCGGCCUGCAAGUACAGUGGACACUUGCUCCUCGCACACAUUAUCGCCAAAUUCGCCAUACACAAGAAGAUCGUCCUGCAGGUUUUCCAUAGUCUCCUCAAGGCUCAUGCAAUGGAAGCUCGAGCGAUCGUCAGACAGGCAAUGGCCAUUCUGACCCCAGCAGUGCCAGCCAGGAUGGAGGACGGGCACCAGAUGCUAACCCACUGGACACGGAAGAUCAUCGUGGAGGAGGGGCACACCGUCCCACAGCUGGUGCACAUUCUGCACCUGAUAGUGCAGCACUUCAAGGUGUACUACCCGGUACGGCACCACCUGGUGCAGCACAUGGUGAGCGCCAUGCAGAGGCUUGGCUUCACACCCAGUGUCACCAUUGAGCAGAGGCGGCUGGCCGUGGACCUGUCUGAAGUUGUCAUCAAGUGGGAGCUGCAGAGGAUCAAGGACCAGCAGCCGGAUUCAGACAUGGACCCAAAUUCCAGUGGAGAAGGAGUCAAUUCUGUCUCAUCCUCCAUUAAGAGAGGCCUGUCUGUGGAUUCUGCCCAGGAAGUGAAACGCUUCAGAACGGCCACCGGAGCCAUCAGUGCAGUGUUUGGGAGGAGCCAGUCGCUACCUGGAGCGGACUCUCUCCUCGCCAAGCCCAUCGACAAGCAGCACACAGACACCGUGGUGAACUUCCUAAUUCGCGUGGCCUGUCAGGUUAAUGACAACACCAACACUGCGGGGUCCCCUGGGGAGGUGCUUUCUCGCCGAUGUGUGAACCUUCUGAAGACCGCGUUGCGGCCAGACAUGUGGUCCAAGUCUGAGCUCAAGCUGCAGUGGUUCGACAAGCUGCUGAUGACUGUGGAGCAGCCAAACCAAGUGAACUAUGGGAAUAUCUGCACGGGACUAGAAGUGCUGAGCUUCCUGCUAACUGUCCUUCAGUCGCCAGCCAUCCUUAGUAGCUUCAAACCCCUGCAGCGUGGAAUUGCCGCCUGCAUGACGUGUGGAAACACCAAGGUGCUGCGAGCCGUCCACAGCCUUCUCUCGCGCCUGAUGAGUAUUUUCCCAACGGAGCCGAGUACUUCCAGUGUGGCCUCCAAGUAUGAAGAGCUGGAGUGCCUCUACGCAGCCGUCGGAAAGGUCAUCUACGAAGGGCUCACCAACUACGAGAAGGCCACCAACGCCAAUCCCUCCCAGCUCUUCGGGACCCUGAUGAUCCUCAAGUCAGCCUGCAGCAACAACCCCAGCUACAUAGACCGGCUGAUCUCCGUCUUUAUGCGCUCUCUGCAGAAGAUGGUCCGGGAACAUUUAAACCCUCAGGCAGCAUCGGGAAGCACCGAAGCCACCUCAGGUACAAGCGAGCUGGUGAUGCUAAGUCUGGAACUGGUGAAGACGCGCCUGGCAGUGAUGAGCAUGGAGAUGCGGAAGAACUUCAUCCAGGCCAUUCUGACAUCCCUCAUUGAGAAAUCACCAGAUGCCAAAAUCCUGCGGGCCGUGGUCAAAAUCGUGGAAGAAUGGGUCAAGAAUAACUCCCCAAUGGCAGCCAAUCAGGUGAGGUGGGACGGUAUGUCACGUGACCUCCUUUUGAAUAAAAGAAAAUUCAACAAGUUCAUGUUUGCUUAUGACUUAGGGAGGCCACCGUCUUGCCUCUCUCUGAGUUCUUGGUGUUACAGGGAUGAGACACUGUCUGGCAGCGAGCUGACAGCAAAACUUGAGCCUGCCUUUCUCUCUGGACUGCGCUGCGCCCAGCCACUCAUCAGGGCAAAGUUUUUCGAGGUUUUUGACAACUCCAUGAAACGUCGUGUCUACGAGCGCCUGCUUUAUGUGACCUGUUCGCAGAACUGGGAAGCCAUGGGGAACCACUUCUGGAUCAAGCAGUGCAUUGAGCUGCUCCUGGCCGUGUGUGAAAAGAGCACCCCCAUUGGCACCAGCUGCCAAGGAGCCAUGCUCCCAUCCAUCACCAACGUCAUCAACCUAGCCGACAGCCACGACCGCGCCGCCUUCGCCAUGGUCACACACGUCAAGCAGGAGCCCCGGGAGAGGGAGAACAGUGAGUCCAAAGAGGAGGAUGUAGAGAUAGACAUUGAACUAGCUCCUGGGGACCAGACCAGCACGCCCAAAACCAAAGAACUUUCCGAAAAGGACAUUGGAAACCAGCUGCACAUGCUAACCAACAGGCAUGACAAGUUUCUGGACACACUCCGGGAGGUGAAGACUGGAGCGCUGCUCAGCGCUUUCGUUCAGCUGUGCCACAUUUCCACAACGCUGGCAGAGAAGACAUGGAUCCAGCUUUUCCCCAGAUUAUGGAAGAUCCUCUCAGACAGACAGCAGCAUGCGCUCGCGGGCGAGAUAAGUCCAUUCCUGUGCAGCGGCAGUCACCAGGUGCAGCGAGACUGCCAGCCCAGUGCGCUGAACUGCUUCGUGGAAGCCAUGUCCCAGUGCGUGCCCCCGAUCCCCAUCCGACCCUGUGUCCUGAAGUACCUGGGAAAAACACACAACCUCUGGUUCCGGUCCACGCUGAUGCUGGAGCACCAGGCUUUUGAAAAGGGUCUGAGUCUUCAGAUUAAGCCGAAGCAAACAACAGAGUUUUAUGAGCAGGAGAGCAUCACCCCACCUCAGCAGGAGAUACUGGAUUCCCUUGCAGAGCUUUACUCCCUGUUACAAGAGGAAGAUAUGUGGGCCGGUCUGUGGCAGAAGCGGUGCAAGUACUCGGAGACGGCAACUGCAAUUGCAUACGAGCAGCAUGGGUUCUUCGAGCAGGCACAAGAAUCCUAUGAAAAGGCAAUGGAUAAAGCCAAAAAAGAACACGAAAGGAGCAACGCCUCCCCUGCGAUUUUCCCUGAAUACCAGCUCUGGGAAGACCACUGGAUUCGGUGCUCCAAGGAGUUGAACCAGUGGGAAGCCCUGACCGAGUAUGGCCAGUCCAAAGGCCACAUCAAUCCCUACCUUGUCCUGGAGUGCGCCUGGCGGGUGUCCAACUGGACCGCCAUGAAGGAGGCACUGGUACAGGUGGAAGUGAGCUGUCCGAAGGAGAUGGCCUGGAAGGUGAACAUGUACCGCGGAUACCUGGCCAUCUGCCACCCCGAGGAGCAGCAGCUCAGCUUCAUCGAGCGCCUGGUGGAGAUGGCCAGCAGCCUGGCCAUCCGCGAGUGGCGGCGGCUGCCCCACGUGGUGUCCCACGUGCACACGCCUCUCCUGCAGGCAGCCCAGCAAAUCAUCGAACUUCAGGAAGCUGCACAGAUCAACGCAGGCUUGCAGCCGACCAACCUGGGGAGGAACAACAGCCUGCACGACAUGAAGACAGUGGUGAAGACCUGGAGGAACCGGCUGCCCAUUGUGUCUGAUGACUUGUCCCACUGGAGCAGCAUCUUCAUGUGGAGGCAGCAUCAUUACCAGGCAAUUGUAACUGCCUAUGAGAAUAGCUCUCAGCAUGAUCCAAGUUCAAAUAAUGCUAUGCUUGGGGUUCAUGCGUCAGCUUCAGCAAUCAUCCAGUAUGGAAAGAUCGCCCGGAAACAAGGACUGGUCAAUGUGGCUCUGGAUAUAUUAAGUCGGAUUCAUACUAUUCCAACUGUUCCUAUCGUGGAUUGCUUCCAGAAGAUUCGACAGCAAGUUAAAUGCUACCUUCAGCUGGCAGGCGUCAUGGGCAAAAACGAGUGCAUGCAGGGCCUUGAAGUUAUUGAAUCUACGAACUUAAAAUACUUCACAAAAGAGAUGACAGCCGAAUUUUAUGCACUGAAGGGAAUGUUCUUGGCUCAGAUCAACAAGUCCGAGGAGGCAAACAAAGCCUUCUCUGCAGCUGUGCAGAUGCACGACGUGCUGGUGAAAGCCUGGGCCAUGUGGGGUGACUACCUGGAGAACAUCUUCGUGAAGGAGCGGCAGCUGCACCUUGGCGUGUCUGCCAUCACCUGUUACCUGCACGCGUGCCGGCAUCAGAACGAGAGCAAAUCAAGGAAAUAUUUAGCCAAGGUGCUGUGGCUUUUGAGUUUUGAUGACGACAAAAACACUUUGGCAGAUGCUGUUGACAAGUACUGCAUUGGCGUGCCACCCAUCCAGUGGCUGGCCUGGAUCCCACAGCUGCUCACCUGCCUGGUUGGCUCAGAGGGAAAGCUGCUCUUGAACCUCAUUAGCCAGGUUGGACGCGUGUAUCCCCAAGCGGUCUACUUUCCCAUCCGGACCCUAUACCUGACCCUGAAAAUAGAACAGCGGGAACGCUACAAGAGCGAUUCUGGACAGCAGCAGCCAAGUUCAGUGGGUAACCAGUCCCAUUCUGCAUCAGAUCCAGGGCCCAUAAGAGCAACAGCACCCAUGUGGCGCUGCAGCCGAAUCAUGCACAUGCAGCGAGAGCUCCACCCCACCCUUCUGUCUUCCCUGGAAGGCAUCGUCGAUCAGAUGGUCUGGUUCAGAGAAAAUUGGCAUGAAGAGGUUCUCAGGCAACUCCAGCAGGGCCUGGCGAAAUGUUACUCCGUGGCGUUCGAGAAAAGCGGAGCAGUGUCUGAUGCUAAAAUCACCCCCCACACUCUCAAUUUUGUCAAGAAGUUGGUGAGCACGUUUGGGGUAGGCCUGGAGAACGUGUCCAACGUCUCAACCAUGUUCUCCAGCGCGGCCUCUGAAUCUCUGGCCAGGCGGGCGCAGGCCACUGCACAAGACCCUGUCUUUCAGAAGCUGAAAGGCCAGUUCACAACGGAUUUUGACUUCAGUGUUCCAGGAUCCAUGAAGCUUCAUAAUCUUAUUUCUAAGUUGAAAAAGUGGAUCAAAAUCUUGGAGGCCAAAACCAGGCAACUCCCCAAAUUCUUCCUCAUAGAGGAAAAGUGCCGGUUCUUGAGCAAUUUCUCGGCACAGACAGCCGAAGUGGAGAUUCCCGGGGAGUUUCUGAUGCCGAAGCCGACACAUUAUUACAUCAAGAUCGCACGGUUCAUGCCCCGGGUGGAGAUUGUGCAGAAGCACAACACCGCAGCCCGGCGGCUCUACAUCCGGGGGCACAAUGGCAAGAUCUACCCCUACCUCGUCAUGAACGACGCCUGCCUCACAGAGUCGCGGCGGGAGGAGCGCGUGUUGCAGCUGCUACGUCUGCUGAACCCCUGUUUGGAGAAGAGAAAGGAGACCACCAAGAGGCACUUAUUUUUCACAGUGCCCCGGGUCGUGGCGGUUUCCCCACAGAUGCGCCUUGUGGAGGACAAUCCCUCGUCACUUUCCCUGGUGGAGAUCUACAAGCAGCGCUGCGCCAAGAAGGGCAUCGAACACGACAACCCCAUCUCCCGUUACUACGACCGGCUGGCCACGGUGCAGGCUCGGGGGACCCAAGCCAGCCACCAGGUCCUUCGCGACAUCCUCAAGGAGGUUCAGAGUAACAUGGUGCCGCGCAGCAUGCUGAAGGAGUGGGCGCUGCACACCUUCCCCAACGCCACGGACUACUGGACGUUCCGCAAGAUGUUCACCAUCCAGCUGGCUCUCAUAGGCUUCGCGGAAUUCGUCCUGCAUUUGAAUAGACUCAACCCCGAAAUGUUACAGAUCGCUCAGGACACUGGCAAACUGAACGUUGCCUACUUUCGAUUUGACAUAAAUGACGCGACUGGAGACCUGGAUGCCAACCGUCCCGUCCCAUUCCGCCUCACACCCAACAUUUCUGAGUUUCUGACCACCAUCGGCGUCUCCGGCCCAUUGACGGCGUCCAUGAUCGCGGUGGCCCGGUGCUUCGCACAGCCAAACUUCAAGGUGGAUGGCAUUCUGAAAACCGUGCUCCGGGACGAGAUCAUUGCUUGGCACAAAAAAACGCAGGAGGACACGUCCUCUCCUCUCUCAGCUGCCGGGCAGCCAGAGAACAUGGACAGCCAGCAGCUGGUGUCCCUAGUUCAGAAAGCCGUGACCGCCAUCAUGACCCGCCUGCACAACCUCGCCCAGUUUGAAGGUGGGGAGAGCAAGGUGAACACUCUGGUGGCUGCAGCAAACAGCCUGGACAACCUGUGCCGCAUGGACCCCGCCUGGCACCCCUGGCUGUGACCGCGGCUGCCUCAGCCACCCGGAAUGUGAAGGGAGCCCCAGGCUCUGAGCCCGCGGCUUUUACCACUUCUCUCUGCCUCGUUCAUUUUAUUCACGAAAGUCCUGCAGUUUCACUGGGUUGCAGUUACUUUCCUGAUAGUUUGUGUGGGAAAGAGGGAGCUGGUGACGACUGUGGGCGAGGCGGUUAGAAAUGGUAGAGCUGGAGCUUACUCCAAGCUUUUAAAUGAUCUUUUAAGAAGCCAGGAUUCUCCAGUCUGGAAUUUCUGGGUGAGUCCUUUUUUUAUGGUGUCCUCCCUCUGUGAAUGUACAGGCGGAACCGUACGAGCAGCUCCCAACCGUCCAUUUUUAAAACCUCACAGUAGCUUCGUGCUUUUGUACAGACCUUUGUAACAAGUGUACAGAAAACCCAUUUUGUUUGAGACACAGGAGAUGAUGAACUGAUCGUGCUGGUUUUUCUGAGCACAGAGUUUUAGGUUGUACGCAGCCCGCCCCGCGAUUCUCGCUGAGUGUUCAGCGUGGAUCCAUGGGUCAGGUCACCCUGUGGGAGCGCCACACCACAUCCACCUGGAUUCCGCUGGUGGAGACAGAACUGAGAGUCUGCAGGCGGCUCCUGCGCUUUUUAUUUCUGGCUCUUUGGAUGUCUUCUAGACGUUUACUAUCAUUGUACCUGAAGAAAAAUCACUUUUACCUUCCUAAUUUAAAAAGACAAAACAGAAAUGUAAGUUCCUUUGCUACUUCAGUCUUUCUGUUCACAUUUUUAUAAAUCUGAGCAUUGAGAAUGUUCUAUCUAAAUUUGUACAGUGUGAUUUUUUUUUUAGAAUAAAUAUUUUAUAAAAGGG